AUGUGUGUAAGCACUGUGCUCCUGCUAUCUCUGGGCAGCGGAAGGGAGAGGAGGGGCGGCAACAACAGCAACAGGCACCACCGCCCCGAGCGGCAGCGCACCGCCUCCCGCCCCUUCCCAUCAGAACGGCUCCUUCUCUCCCCCAGCUCUCCGCGACCAAAGUCGCACGGACCCCAACAGCGCCAGGCAGCGGGGCACAGGACGAGCCCGGAGCCACCCCAAGGACCGAGCGCUCCCGGCCCGCGCUCCCAAGAACGCGGCGUCUCCCCACGAACUGCUACGGCCCGAGUCCCGCUGAGGGACCCUGACCUUCCCCCGCUUCACAACGCGCCGCUCGGCUCCGGCCCUCCGAGGCGCAGCCCCCGAGCCGGCCCUCCGCGGGCCCAGGCCACCCAAGCGCACGGCUCCGCUCGCCACAGGCCCGGUGCCUCCCCGCCGUCCGCAGCGAUCGGCAAGGGAUCGAGCCGCCGAGGCGAGGCGAGGGCCGCGGCAGCCCCCGUCCCCCCGGAAAAGGAGAGGCUUCGCUGGCGCCAUCUUACCGAGCGCGCUACGAUACCGGCUUCAACGCACGAACGCGGACUCCACCGCCGCCUCUGCCAGGCCUCUGGCGCGCGGAUCUCGCGAGAACUGCUCUCUCAGCCAAUCGGCGCCCGGAGAGAAGCGAGAAAACGCAACCAUAGAGAUGGGCCGCGGGACAGAGUGUACACCACGCAGGGCCUUUGCUGACUCCAUCAUGCCGCCUGUCCCAGCUGCAGGGCCCGCUGUCUCCUGUUCCUCCUUGGUAUUUUAGUGCUUCAAGCAACAGUGCCAGCCUACUCUGGGACAGCCAACUUGCAGUCUGCAGACCUUCUUCAAUUGCCACACUGGACUCCUAAAUGAGGACUCUGAUCUACAAUCUGUAAAAAAUCUAUAUUGGCUCCAGAGAAUUAAUAAACUUGCUGCAACUAGAUCCAAUAAGGUUUAUGAAUCAAGGCACAAAGACAACAAAACAGUUCUAUUUGUGUAUUUAAAUAAGAGAGCAGGGCUUAAGAGAUACAUUCGCAUAUGAAAUAUGGCAAAUGAUAGUAAUAGGGAACAUAUAAUUUCUCUUAUACUGAGUGGGAAUAUGGAUACAAUUACUCAUUUUUCACUCCUGUUUUUUUUGUGUUUUUGUUUUUGUUUUUGGUAAUUGCACCACAAGAUGCAGUUUCCAAUUU